AUGAUUCAAUUAGAAGCUCGGAAAAGUGAUUGUUGUAAUCAAGCGAAAUUCGAAGCGCGUCUAUACGCUUGCUUGCAGUGCGUCGACGUUGACCUCUGCCAGGAGUGCUACGCGUCAGGGACAGUUUUUGGCUCCCACCAGAGAAACCAUACUUGCGUUUGGCAGCGAACAGGGCAGAACUCAUUUAGUUGCUCUUGUGGCGAGCGACAUAUCAUCCGAACGCUAUUUACAGAGCAUUUCACGAGUGAGCGCCAUCAAAACUGGGCGAACGGAACAACAGGUUCCACCCAGACCACUACUACCACAAAUAACUCCUCCACAGACGCGACAGAUUCUCACGUAAUUGGCGCCUCGAGUCCGUCAACACCGACUGCAUCAUCCGCUCCAUCAGAGACAAUGGACAGACGCGCUCGAGUAAAUGAACUGCUUGGAACUUACCACCCUUCCAAUCAGAGUUCAAACGUACCAACAACAAGCUCUUACUCUUCGAUUCGAGAUGAUUCGAGUCCUUCAUAUACGUCUAGCUAUCGCUCAAGAUCUCCGUCAAGAUACAAUCCCGAGAAUUCAAAUUACGCGCAACGACGUGCACGUCUCGGCCUUGACAACAACGACGACUCCACACCUUCUUAUUCCGCGACAAGGCGGGCUCGUUUAGGUUUGGACAACGACGACGACAAUAAUUCUUCUUACACAUCUCGACGAUCCCGACUUGGUCUCGAUAACGAUUCGGCUGGAGAUUCUUACACAAGUAGAUAUGCAAGGCAGAGAAGUGAACGAGAGAGUAGCGCAUCAGAUAUCUCCAGAAUGUCAAGAAACUUAGAACGUUCAGUUUCAUCCAUUCUAUCUGGUGAUUACCGACGAGGUGCAGAGUCUCGAUCCUUUAUCGAAGAGUACGAAAAUGAUAGAAGAGCUAGAAACGGUCUAUCUCGCCUUGGAAGCGAAGAGCCGUCUACUUCUCGAUCGACAAGAUACGGUGCUGAUGAAGAAGAACCUUCUGGAAAUGGUGGUUUGUCAAAAGAAGAGGAAGAAAUGGCCGCGAAAAACUUGGGUGGGUUGACGAAAAAGAAGCGGAAAAAAGAAUCGGUACUGGCUGGUACGAAAAAGAGAAACAACGUCAAAAUCAGCAAGCUGAAGCCGAGAGGGUAUCGCAAGAAGCUAUUCAACAAGAAGAAGAAGAGCUUGAUUUGGAAGAGGAACUAA